GGAUCUUUGGCUUCAUCUCUUUUGAUGACUUGAUGAUUUUGAUGUCGUUGCGUUGACAGACCAUGGCGUUGCGGAAGCUUCAAACUUAUGAUAGUCUACUUGUGACAAGCGAAGGAUCCUGCAUCUUGGCUAAAGAAGUUGAUUGACCACACAAGAAACACCCUCGCACUAAACCAGAUCUAGCUAGCUAGCUAGAGAAGCACUGUACAAGACUACCACAAAGGUACUUAAGAUCAGAUUGACGAUGCGAGCUUGUACACUCCUCCUCCACUCGCUGCUGUUGGCAUUGGCAUUGCCUGCCACAUGUGCAGCCAAAAGUCGCUUUGCAGGCAUCAGCAGCUCCUUGCCAUCUCUUCCGUCCAUCAAGAACCAACCUAAGGCAUUCACCAGUACAAGCAAAGACCAACUUCCUGCUUGGGCACUGAUCCCUCGUGGCGGAGAUGCUACCCAUGCUGAACCAGCGGUAGCUUCAGCCACUGGUGCUACGACGCUCCCUGCCAUGGUGACACAAGCGUUGACCAACCUGGCCAGUGCCAUGAAGGGAGGAAAAUCAGAUACACUCUUGCUAUUGAUGGUCACAGCGUUGGUACCCACCAUUUGCAAUUCAGUAUUGUCCAUGUCUCCCAUUCUAGGAUUCCUUUUUUCCGGUGUGGCACUCGGACCACAAGGACUCAAUCUAGUCGCUGACAUUCACACUACGGAGAUGCUGGCCGAUCUGGGAGUGGUCCUCUUUUUAUUCGAAAUGGGAGUCCAUUUGUCACUACCAACUCUAUGGGAAAUGAGAUCCAUUGUAUUCGGGCUCGGGGGACUCCAAAUGACCAUUACGGCAAUACUCGUCGCUGCCGUCGCAAAGUACGCUGGACUUGAUACCGCGGCACAAGUCGUACUGGGAGGUGGAUUGGCACUCAGUUCCAGUGCCUUUGUCUUGCAGUUGCUCAAGGACAAACGAGAAUUGGAAACGGUCAAGGGCAAGCAUUCCUUUGGAGUGCUACUGCUGCAAGAUUUGGCCGUCGUGCCACUACUCGUCGUCACGCCGCUAUUGGCCAAUUCAGGAGGCGACACGUCCAUAUCCACAGCGGUCAUUACGGCACUGGUACAGGCUGUCAUGGCCAUUUCGGCCAUUGGCAUCUUUGGAAAAGUCGCCAUGGAACCACUCUUUCAAGCCGUAUUGUCCAAAUCCAAAUCACAAGAAGCUUCCAUUGCCAUUUCAUUGGCCACCAUACUGGGAAUGAGCUUUUUGACCGAAGGGUUAGGAUUAAGCAACACUCUAGGAGCAUUCUUGGCUGGAGUGCUCCUCUCCGAAACAUCCUUUCGACACGUGGUAGAGAGAGAAGUGUCACCCAUUCGGGGUAUCCUUGUCGGACUCUUUUUCUUCUCGGUUGGAUUCGAAAUUGAUAUCCCCUUGCUACUCUCUUCCAAAAUCAAAACGGUAGCGGCCAUUGUUGUCGGACUCAUGGGCAGUAAAAUGCUCAUUACUACCGGAUUGUGUCAUUUAUUCGGUGGAUUGGAUCUCGCCACCAGUCAAGAAGUCGGAUGUAUCCUUUCCCAGGGUGGAGAGUUUGCCUUUGUGGCCUUCCGAUUGGCUAGGAGUUUGAACAUUUUUGAUGCUGAAUUGACCAAACUCAUGCUCACUAGUGUCAGCAUGACCAUGGCGUUGACACCACUCGUGGAGGGCGUUGGAAGUAGUCUGGCCAAGAGCAUGCGGAAAAAGGACAGCACUGUCGUCAUGAAGUAUGACUAACUAACUAACUAACCAAGGUAUAUUACUAUG